AGCCCUCCUCGCAGGAGGGUGCCAAGUGGCUGGGGUCUCGAGGCCCCGGGGCUUGGCCCGGAACCUUUCUGACACCAGGCCCCUAUCCUACGCCGGGAGGAUGGGGGGGGGUGGGCGACCUGGGGUCGGACUGCUGGCGUUCCCCCCCUCUCCCACGCAAGGGCGGGACUUCCGGUUCCAGCCUUUUUUUUUUUUUUUCUCCCCUCCUCCUCCCAAAGACAGCUAAGCCUUUCCCCGCCCCUGGAGGCGGGACAUCCUUUAUUCUUCACGGGGGUGGGGGUGGGGACGGGAUCGACUCUUCCCCCCCUCCCAGGAUCGAGGCUGUCUUUUACCUCUGAACUUCUUGUACCGCCCACAAGGGGAGGGACUUCCUGUUUUCCCACGUGGAGGGCGGAGCUGAGCAACUGUUCCAUCUCCAAACUGGGGGAACUUGUGGCAGGUUUGGAGGGGGUCCUCUCUUAGGAGGAAACCUGAAUGCGAUUCCGAACUCUGUCGCUUUCCCCCUCCUCCUGGCAAUCCUGGAUUGUCCCUUCCCUGAAACCUUCACCGUCAGGCAUUCCGUGUCACCAGCCCUUGGGUUGGGGUGAUAGUUUCUGGCCUGUUACUCCCCCCCAUGGCAUCGUUGUUGGGGACUCUGCCCAAGCAACUUAAGUGAGAGUGACAGCCUGGCCAGGGCCCUGUCUGAGCUUACGAAGCCUUUUCCAUAAAAGAAGGGGAUUGGACUAAACAGCUUCUGCAGGGCGUGGAUGGCAUCCGGGCGCCCUGAGGAACUAUGGGAAGCUGUGGUGGGGGCAGCUGAGCGUUUUCGAGCACAGACAGGUACAGAGCUGGUGCUUCUGACAGCUGCACCCCCGCCCCCACCGCGGCCCGGCCCCUGUGCCUAUGCAGCCCAUGGCCGGGGUGCAUUGGCUGAAGCUGCUAGGCGCUGCUUACAUGACAUAGCCCAGGCCCACCGGGCUGCUGCUGCCAGACCCCCUGCUCCACCACCUGCACCAGAGCCCCAGGCCCCCAGCCCAAGGAGCUCUCCACAUCCUCGGAGGUCAGAAGACAAGGAGGAGGAAGAGGAAGAGGACUUGGUCAAUGAGGAUGAGGAGGAAACAGAAACAGAGACAUCAGGGAGCAGGAUAGGAGUGGGAGACAAUGGAGGCCUGUUUGUGAUGGAUGAAGACACUGCCCACGAGGACCUGCCCCCCUUCUGUGAGUCAGACCCAGAGAGCACUGACGAUGGCAGUCUGAGUGAAGAGGCACCCCCUGGCCCUCUAUCAUGUGUGACCCAGGCCCCCCAGCAGUAUGCCAAGUCCCUGCCAGUGUCCGUGCCUGUCUGGGGCUUCAAGGACAAGCGAACCGAGACCAGGUCCUCCGACGAGGAGAAUGGGCCGCCCUCCUCCCCGGACCUGGAGCGCAUCGCGGCCAGCAUGCAGGCGCUGGUCCUGCGGGAAGCUGAGGGCUCUCAGGUGUUCGGAGACUUGCCCCGGCCCCGCCUCAACACCAGCGAUUUCCAGAAGCUGAAGCGGAAAUACUGAGCUGGGGGCGCCGCCGGCCCCUGCCCGCUUCACGCUCCCCACCCCCUGCCCUCCCACCCUGCGGUUUCUCCACCCCACCCCAUCCCUGCCCCAAGCGAAUUUGGGCGGGCUCCCCCUCUUGCCCCGCCCCUGGCAUGCCCAGGCCAGGCCAAUCCCGGCUCCGCUCGCUGCCCCACCCUCGCUUCCCUCGGAGGCGCCGUGUUUUCCUGCUUUUUCCGUGCGGUGGGGGAGGGUAAUGGAAGAAUCCAAUCCACUCCCUGAGUUUCCUAUUGAUCCCGCCCAUCUACAGGUCCUGGCCAAUCCUAAGCUCCCUUCUCGGAAAUCCUUUUGGGGAGGGUGAGGGAACAUCCAAUCAGCUACUGGCACAACCUUGGUGUUGCACUUGGCCAAUUGCAGCCUUAGCUCCUUUCGGCCCUCCCCUCUUCGAGAGGAUCCAAUCAACGCCUGACCUGCCAGUGGCUCUGCUCUACGGGAAAAAGUCCGUACGAAGGGGCAGCCCCGACUUGACACUACAGCCUCCCUGUCGUGAUCCCGCCUACCUCGGGGGUGGCCCAAUUGCAUCAGUAUCUGCCCGAUGACGCUGCCCGCCCCGCACUGGCCUGUACCAGGAAGGGUUUAGCCAAUCAGCUGCCCCUCGCCCUCGGGGCUCACUAAGCCCCUGUUCCCACACAUGCCUUAAAGGGCCCUGCCAGCCCAUGUGAGGGUGGGGAAGGGGCAGGGGGAAUGCCUGCGAAUAAAGAGUUUGACUUUGA